AUUUUACAAAAAGAUUAAGACAGAAACAAAUCUUCCUGAGGGAGGACAGUUACUAAGAAAUUUUAAUUACAUUUUUAAAGCAGUAUCAGCCGUUUCAUCUGACAGCAGGUGUCUCUGUAAAGAAGAGUCUUUAAUCCUUUAAGAGGAUCAAUAAGAUCCAGGAUGAGGGAUCUGACUGACUACGGUGGCCUGCAGGGAACAUUUCUGUCAGUGUGUUUCUGCUGAAGCUGAGGACGGUUUGUUGGACUUUUAAUGACUUUACUGAACAAACUGAUGGAGGCUGCGCUUCACCUGCACGAGAUGCCGUGAAGCAGGAGUUUCAUGAUGAGAAUGGGGAGAUAAUGUAAGUCUUACUAAGCUCUGGUUCAUCCAGAAAGUCAAAAUAAUUCCAGAGUGGUGAUUAUUUGUUUUAGUAGGUUGAAAUAAUCUGCACUGCAGCUCGGUGCAGAAAUAGGUCAUAUACUUUUUAUUUAGUACUGUCAGUGUAUCAUAAUUAAAAAUAGUAAUUAUGUUUCUUGCAAAAUGUCUUAAACUCUUGUAGAUUUCUAUAAAAGCUGUUUUAUACUACAGAACUGUCAUAAAACAUUCAGUGUUUGGAAUUUUUUGCAGAAACAAAAAAUAUAAAUUCCUAAAGAUAUUUUGGGAUCCAUGUGAUUAGCCAUGUUUACGGUUGUUAUACUCUCAGAUCAUAAUAAUUAAAAGGGAGCAGAGUCUGAUCAGGCCACCAGAACCAGCCAAUCAGAGCAGAGCAGAGUAUGAGGGGCGGAGUCUGAUCAGAACAAACUAAUCAGAACACAGUGGGAGUGUUGAUUGACACAUAAUUAUCACAUUUUAAGAUAGUUUUAGGGUCUAUAUGAAAUUGAAUAUGAUUUUAAAAAGUUAAAAUAAAUUCAAUUCAGUGGUUCAUGAGAUAUUUUGCUAACACAUAAAUUAGGACGCCCAUCUGUCAUGUGUAAACAUGUAAACAGAAAAACGUCCCAACGUUCAUCUCCGUGUCUGCCUCCCAUCCAGUCGUCCAUGGCAGUGUUGGAGGUGAUCUGCAGCCUGAUUGGCUGGCUCUGCCUCUACCUGGUGUUCUGCUGCGCCUUUCCUCGGCGGGGGCACGAGUGGAACUGCCGCCUGGUCACGUUGACCCACGGCGUCUUCAUCGUGCUGCUGACGGCGUACGUGGUUUUCGUCGACGGCCCCUGGCCCUUCACGCACGCCGGAACAGAGAACACGGAGCUCCAGGUGUUGGCCUUGGCAGUCUGCCUGGGCUACUUCUUCUUCGACAUGGGUUGGUGCGUGUGCUACCGGACCGAGGGCCCGGUCAUGAUGGCCCACCACGCCGCCAGCAUUUCGGGCAUCCUGCUGGCCCUGUUCCUGGGCGUGUCGGGCUGCGAGACCUGCGCGGUCAUCUUCGGCAGCGAGCUCACCAACCCGCUGCUGCAGGGUCGCUGGUUCCUCCGGCAGGUGGGUCGGUACGACGGGCCGUUGGGCGACRCGGUGGACCUGCUCUUCAUCUUCCUGUUCGCCACGGUGAGGGUGGGCCUCGGCACUGUCAUGUUCUACUGCGAGCUCGCCUCCGCCAGGACGCCGGCGGUCAUGAAGCUGGGCGGGGUUUUGAUGUACGCGCUGGCCUGGGUGUUCAUGGUGGACAUCGCCCGCUUCGGCUACAAGAAGAGCAGAGCCAAAUAUAAAAGGUGGACGGAGAACCACAAGCUGAGAAACGUCGACACAGAACCGCUGCUGGAAAAUUCAGACUGAACACUUUAACAGCGGCCUCCACAGAUAAUUCACUUUUCUGUGGAAACGCUGAAGAAGCUGAACCGAGCUAUGAAGCUAAAAGCGUAACAUCAGCUAAAACCUAAAAAGGACAAGAAAAAACCAUCAGAAAUUCAGCUGAAAGAAAAAAAACGCACAAAAAAUUGAAUUUAACCCAUUUAAAAUCACUUCUGAAGUAGUUUUGUUUCAAAUUAAAGCAAACUGCAGCUGUCAGAAUAAAAAACAAACAUUUAAUAAAAGACAUCAGUGCAGACAGGAGAAAUGUUUAAAGUUUCUGUGAAUUAAAUACUUUCUAAGAUCCUUUAAAGUAACUUUUUCUGCCGUCUCUUCAACUCUAACCUCCGUUUUACAUCAUAAAUUAAAAAGAAUWACUAAAAAGGCCACAAAAACAAAAYAUUUGUGUAACAGAUUAAUGCAGUCGGAUGCUUAAUUCUCAUUUUUUAAGUAGCUUGUGUUGCAUGAUAUCUUUUACAUUAUUGUACAAUAAAACCUAUAUAACCUUU